AUGCUUAGAACAACUGGCCUUCUCGCAUCUACUACCAGCAGAGCUUUUUCUACCCGCUCAGUUGCUCUUUCUGCUAAGCUCACGGUGCCUCCAGAAACCAUGUCCGCUGCUGAUUUCCUUAAUAAAAUUGGCCGUGGUGCUAGUGAACAUAGUGAACUUUUUCCAACUUGGGGAUCGAUAUUUACUGUCACAAGUGCUGAAAUGAAAGAAAAAGGUAUUGAAGCAAACCUUAGAAGAUACAUAUUAAAUUGGAGAUACAAGUACAGCCAAGACUCUACCAUUAAGUUGUACCAAAUAAAAACUGGCAAAAAGAUCAACGGUGGUGAAAGAAAAAGAAGAGCCUUCUUAGCUCAGCAGAGAUAUGAUAAGCUCAAGGAAUUGAGAGAAAAGGCCUCUGCUAAUUAA